ACACCGGCGACGCGGCCUCUUUUCCAAAACGUGGGAGAGGGGGAAGGUCAUGCCGGAGCCUAGCGAAGUUAUUCCAACAAACGGCGUCACGAACGGGGUGGCGCGGUUCCAGGGCAUGGAAUCGGACGGCCUGGAGCCCGAAGAGACGUUCCUGUUCACAUCGGAGUCGGUCGGAGAGGGACAUGCUGACAAGAUCUGCGACCAAGUGAGCGAUGCCAUUCUGGACGCCUAUCUGCGGCUGGACCCGGACGCCAAGGUGGCCUGCGAAACUACCACCAAGACGGGCAUGAUCCUGGUGUGCGGUGAAAUCACAUCAAAAGCCACAGUCGACUACCAGAAGAUUGUCCGGGAUACCAUCAAAGGCAUCGGAUAUGACGACUGCAAAAAAGGAUUUGACUACAACACGUGUUCGAUCAUGAUGGCGCUCGAAGAGCAGAGUCCCAAUAUCGCCUCUGGCGUACACCUCGGCAGGUCUGAGGAUGAAGUCGGGGCCGGGGACCAGGGCCUGAUGUUCGGCUACGCCACAGACGAAACUGAGGAGUGUAUGCCCCUCACCGUGGUCCUGGCACACGCGCUCAACAGGCGCAUCUCUGACCUCAGGAAGCAGGGCUCCCUGUGGUGGGCGAGACCAGACAGCAAAACUCAGGUGACCAUCGAGUACGCCUCCGACCACGGCGCCAUGGUGCCCAAGACCGUACACAGCGUCGUGGUAUCGGUACAGCACUCACCCGACAUCUCGCUGGAGAAACUGCGGCAGGAGGUGAUGGAAAAGGUCAUCAAAGAAGUCAUCCCUGCCAAGUACCUCACACCGGAGACGGUCUACCACGUGAACCCGUGCGGCGAAUUCAUCAUCGGCGGCCCCCAGUCGGAUGCCGGCCUGACGGGAAGGAAGAUCAUCGUGGACACAUACGGAGGGUGGGGAGCGCACGGCGGCGGCGCCUUCAGCGGUAAGGACUACACCAAGGUGGACCGCUCGGCGGCCUACGCGGCCCGCUGGGUGGCCAAGUCGCUGGUCCGGGCCGGCCUCUGCCGCCGCUGUCUGGUCCAGGUAUCCUACGCCAUCGGUGUGGCGGAGCCCAUCUCCAUCACCGUGUUCCACUAUGGCACCAGCAAGUACAGCCAGAGGCAGCUGCUGGAUAUAGUGAAGAAGAACUUCGACCUGAGGCCCGGCAGAAUCGUCAGGGAGCUGAACCUGCGUCAGCCCAUCUACCAGCAGACGGCGAGCUACGGCCACUUCGGUCGCGACUGCUUCCCCUGGGAACAGCCCAAGAAACUCGUACUCUAGACGCGCCACCGAGUCUGUCAUCACUCGGUGAACUGAGUUUGACUCUGAGUCGGCCCGGAGUCGGCGCUGGGGUCGACGUCGGGUUGAUUCAUGAGUCAGCGUAGAGUCUACUCUGGGUUGACUCGGAGUCAUCCCGAGUGUACCAUCGAGCAGCUAUUGACACCACAACACCGUCAGCGUUCACUCUCUGACUUUACCACUCGACUCGUGUGCACACACCAUGUGAACAUCGCCCUGGGGUAGACCGACCGUCCGCCGCGGCCGCCCCCUCUCCCACCCUUCCCAGACUGGGGGCGGAGCAGAGUCCCCACGGGCCGCCCUUGGCCCGCCACGGCGGCCCGGCCGCCUCCCUGACUGCCCCGCCCCGGUCUUCCCCAGCUGUGAUUUUACUCUGUUAUUUAUAUCAUUGUUGUCUUUUUAGUUGUCUUUCGGGUCGCUCUCAGACCCCCUCACUCUCUCGAGUCUCUCUCUCUCUCUGGGACUUUUAUCAGGGAUGCGGUUAGUGCGGGGAGAGGAGGAGGAGGAAGGGAGGAGCAGGUGAGAGUCGGAGGAGCAGGAGCGAGCGAGUGCGCUCAGAACGAGGGGCCGCGAGGUCCACAAGAGGGGCCGCGAGGUCUAAAAGAGGGACUGUCCAGUCCAAAAGAGGGGCCGGUGCGUCAAAGGACCGCCGUGUCUAAAGUUGGGGCCGCUGGGUCCAAAGGUGGGGCUGUCGUGCCCAAAGGUGGGGCUGUCGUGCCCAAAGUUGGGGCUGCAGUGCCCAAAGGUGGGGCUGUCGUGCCCAAGGUUGGGGCUGUCGUGCCCAAAGGUGGGGCUGUCGUGCCCAAAGGUGGGGCUGUGUGCCCAAAGUGGAGGCCGGCGCGUGAGAGGCACCGUCGAGCCAAAGUGGGACCGCCUGGGGUCCAAUGUGGGGCCGGCGCGUUGGAAGGACCGCCGAGCCAAUGUGGGGCCGGCGAGUUGGUGAUACCGCCGAGCCAAUGUGGGGCUGUCGAGCCCAGAGUCGGGACAUCGGAGUCCAUUCGGAGGCAGAGUUGCCUGUGGGACGCCGGGGGUCCACUGGGGGCCGCCCGGGUCCCUGACCGGGGGCCCACUGGGGCCGCCCGGUGUGUGAGUGUUUGUGGCGCCGGCGGCUGGCCCGUGUCGAGGACCGCCGCCGGUGCCGCCAGCAGCAGCAGCAGCACGCAGCAGCAGCAGCAGAGGGCGCGGGGACGGGCGGGUUGCCCUCCCGCGCCCUGCCCGGCUGCCGCGGGACGCCCCCGCGGCGGGGCGGCCGGCCGGCCGGCGGGAGCGCGCGGCGGAGGGCCUCCGCGCGCCCGCUGGCGGCCGGUCUAACGGCGACGGGACGCUUCAGGGCGGUCCGUCGCUUCUCGUCCGGCCGGCCAUUGUGACGGGGCGUCACGGAGUGACACAACACCUCACGGUGAGGACCCGUCACGGACCCGGACUGGAAACGUCACGGAGAGACUCGGACUGGGAGCGUCACGGAUGGUGGCGCGUCACGAGUGUGGCGUGUCGCGGGGUGACGGUGUGUCUCGCCGUGACGGUGUGUCACGAUGUGUUGUCUCUGGCGCGGUGACUGGCCGGCCGGGUACGGCAGUCGGACGGCGCUCGGUGUGACUCGGCGGUGAACACGCGGACGCUGAGACCCGCUACUGUCGAGCGCGCCGCCGCGGCCGGGGCUCUCCCGGGCCCCCGGGGUCCGCUGUGGGCCCCGGGGAGCUCGGGGGAUCCCCGGCCGCUGCGCCGCCCGGCUGACCGGUAGGGCGACCAAAACAGGAUCUCGGCACGAAAAUUUACAAAAAAAAAAAAUGUUGAGUUAGGUUAGUCUUUCUCUUGAAUCUUUCUCUUCCCUGUCCUAUCCUUCGCUGGCUGCUUUCUUGUUCCCACUCAUCUCAAUUUCUCUCUUCUCUCUGUUAUUUGAGUUAUUCCCCAGCCAGCGUUUCCCGGGGCGGCUUUCCCGUACCACCCGGGACCCCGCGGCGGGCGGUCGGUCUCUCCAAUGUACCGCGUCACCCCGUUUGUACGUCACUCACCCGGACAGCGAAGACCGCUCCGCAGCCAUCACAGGGUCCCCACCCUGCACCCCACGCCGCGCCCUGUCCCGGCGGCCGCCACUCGCCGCCCCGGUGGCGUGUCGCCCGCGGCGGCCGGCGCGCCGGCAAUUAUGGCGCCCCCGCGCUCUUUCUGGCGCCAUUUGUUGCCGGCGCUGCGGGCGGCUGGAUGAUUCUCGGGGUUUCCCGGGCUGAGCACGGGGUACCAGAGGGAAUCUUGGGGUAUUCUUGGGUUGAUCUCGGGUAAUCCCAGGCUGCUUUUGGAUGAGUUGGGUUAAUUCAAGGCUGCUCUAGGGCUGCCUCGGAUUAACUCAAGUUGUUCUUGGGCAAUCUCGGCUUAUCUGAGAUCCAUCUCGGGGUAUUCUAGGGUUUUUCUCGGGUCGCCCCAAGGUCAUCUCGGGUUAUCCCCGGGUCGGCCCCAGCCGCCCCCCAGGCCGCCGCCGGUGGCUCGGUACCGGUACGACAGACCGCUCGGCGUGAGUUGUGUUGUGUUUAAGAAAACUAUUGGAAAAGAGCACUUUCCCUAAACACUCCGAUGGCUUCGGACCGGUCGGCAGAUCCGGACAGAGGAGACUUGGAGAGGUCAGCCGCUGGAGACCGCCGCAAAAUCACCGAGAGAUGGGGAGAAAACCGGUAGAAAAUCUCAGUCUGGGGCCGUAAAUAUCUAGCUUGGUGACUUUUCUGGAGAAAUUGACGGAAAAUCGCCGAGCUCCCCGACAAACCGGUGUAAAAUCCCAAAACUGGUGGCUUUUCGAUCAACUCGCCACGAGACUUUCCCCUCAGCUCGGAUGGCGGUUCUCCCUCGGUGUUAUACCAUCGACCCCUCCCGUCUUCACCGUCCGAAAUCUACCGUAUUCGCUGUCACAUUUAUACACUGGUUUGGUUUUAUUUGUCACUGGGAAUCACAUGGCCUAUCGGGAGCUGUGGUUCCGCCGUCGGUCACCGCCGAAAUGGUGGCGCUAGUGUGCCAGUUUUGUUUCAUGUCUCGGACCAAGCGAAAAUACACAUUGUUUCUCCCCUGGU